UAAGUUAGUAUGUUGAUUGUGGGUAGAUAUUUUUUUGCUACUUCGAUUUGGCAUCGCCUCCUUCCGCAGCAGUACUAGUUCUCAUGCGUAAUUUGUUCCUGUUUCCCAUCGGAUGAGGGGAUUGAUCAGUCCCACGUUCGCCACACCCGGCACCGAUUCAACGCCUCUGUUGCUGCACCAUCGGAUUCUUCCUCCCUGCCGCCUGCGGGUGCCACUGCCGGGUAGAUUUUUUCGUGGACGAGAAGGGAGCAUGAGGAUUGCGGCUGGUGAUGGCGGCGGGAGCAACAGCAGCAACAAUCGCGAAGAUGAACCGCACGAGGAGUCUUUUGGAAAUUUGGGAGGGAAGCUGAAUGAUCUGAGCACCAAGGCGCAGAUUGUGGUGGCAGCAUUCAUCUGGAUGUUCCUCUUCUUUGGUGCAAGCGUGUUCAAGAGCAGGGACAACAAAUAACUAACAAAACCUAGUAUUGUUAACUCUUGAAAUCCACAUCUAAUACAUAAUCCAAUUCUAAUUAUAACUA